AUGUCCUUCAUCCCCGUCUCCCCCCCACCAACGCCCUCCGGCCCCGGUGGCCCCGGUGGCCCCGGUGGUCCCGGCCUUCUCGCCCCCUCGACGCUCAUAGCCGCCCUCUCCUCCCUCUUAUCCCCACAAACCGGCUCCCUAACACACCUAGUCCAAUCCCUCUCCGUGCUCCUCUCGACCUCGGCAUCCGGCGCCUCCCUCUCCCUCUCCUUCUUCCUGGUGCCUCGCCUCCUCGAAUCGCCUACCCCUUUGAUGCUCACGCAAUGGCGGCGCGCCUACGAGCAGACUUUCUCCACGCUCAACCAGGCCGGCGCCGCCGCCGCGCUGGGGUAUUUCCUGCUGGCGUGGCGGUUCGGGGUCCGGUAUACCGGUGAUGUGGUAAAGGGGGGGAUGCAAGCGUUGAAGUUGGUAAAGAGGGGGCGGAUGUACGCUGUUGCGGGCGCGUUGCUGGUGUUGGGAAUGACGCCGUAUGGGUGGGUGGUGCUGGGCGGGGUGGAGAGACGGUUGGUGGCGAGGGCGGAGGCGGUUGAGCGGGCGAUGGCGCAGAAGGGGGUGGAUGUGGAGGUUGGCGAGCUUGGUGCGGGUGGGAGUGGUGGGGGGUUGAAGAGGAGGCAGUCGGUUAGGGUGAAGGGUAAGGAGAGGGAGAGGGAAAGGGGGGAGAAGGGGAGGGAUAGGGAGGGGAAGGAUAAGGGUAAGGAAAGGGAGAGAGAGAGAGAAAGAGAGGCGAAGGAGGAGGGUUCUUCGAGAGAAGAAUGUGAUGUUGAGGCUGGCUUGGGCGAGAAGGUCGAUAUGAAGGCUGUGGAGAUCGGGGCUAAGUAUUGGGUUGAUCAAUGGGGUGUUUUGAAUUUGGGAAGAGCGGCGAUGAUUGCUGCUUCUGCGGUCAUGGGAUUGAGCGCUUCGCUAUGGAACUAG